AGCUUCCGUAACCAGAGAGCAGCCAUUUCGGAACAUGCUUUUCAGCUUUCCUUGUCUAUCUCGCGCCUCCAGGACAAAGAGCACCUUCCUGGCUGACACGAACUGGCGCCACCAGCUUCACGACUCCCCGGAACCGGGUUUCCCAGUGACGUCAUACCGCGAGGCUUCCGGUUCCCGCUCUUGGGUUUGGAGUUUCGCGGGCUAAGGUUUCCAGUCCUCUCUCGGACCUCUAGGUUUCUGAUGGAGGGGCUGGGCCUUUGGGAGGACGGAGCAGGUGGGAUCUACGGCUGGACUGGAUGGCGGCCUGUGAGGACAGGCGUUGUGUGGUGUAUGAGAUCUUAUAUCAAACCUUAUCUGUGCCUUUCCCGUAUUCAGCGCCCAUUUGUUGAACAACUACUCUGUGGAAGUUUGUCCUAAUUGUUUCAGGAUGCCUCAACAGGGUCUCUGCUUGCGAGGGACUUUACAAGACAAACUGGUAUAGAAAUAAGUACUAUACAGUAUAACGUGCUGAGAUAGAGACAAGGCCGGGACGGGUGAGCUGAGUCGGGUGCAAAAUGUAAGCAGAUACCAAAAAUCUCAGUAAACAAGAUAAAUAGAUUUUAAUGCAGUGAUUUGUAAAAAUAAAAAUGCAAAAAUUCCAUGAUUGACAAAAUGUCAUGAUUUUAAAUAAAAACAGGAUAGGUGACAGUGUGGCUAAGACAUAUUGGAUCCUGAGGCAAAGGGAAAAAUCAGUAAUACUGAUCCUGUGAAUAGUUAACCAAAUGGAGAAGGGAGUAAUGAUUCUGGCAGAUAACUGGGCCACAUAUGCAAAGACAAGAAGAUGAAAAGAGCCCCUAGUUGAGUGAAACUGGAGAGUUGGGUUCCUGGAGACAUGGAACAGUUUUCCUCACUAAAACUAUGCCAAUUAAGAGAAGUCCAAAACCAAAGGCCUGAAAGAUGUUCCCAGAUUCUGAUUAGCAAUAAAAAAGAAAAACUAGAUCCAUAUCAUUGCCCUUAUACUCUUUAGUUAGCAGAAGCCCAAUGCUUUCUGAUUACGAGAUUGAUGAAGAUACUGAUUUUUAGCUUAGGACUUUUUAUUUUGAUCUUUCAAAACAAAUAUUCUGUUAUGUAAGAUGGUGACUAACUUAGUAUUAAAAUCAAGUCCUCAGAAGAACUAUACUGGUAUGUCAGUAAUGGACUUUGGUUUUUGUUUAGAAUCAGCAGCAGCCUCCACUGCUAUCCAAGUGUCAAACCCCAUGAAACCAUUAUAUUUGUGCCUUGUAACACACGGGGAAAACAAGAGAGAAUGAAAAACGGGCUCAGCUAGCUGUGUUGCCUGAAGAUAUAGGCAAUUCUUCAGACUCAUCAUGGGUAUCCGAGGACUCAUGAGUUUUGUGGACGAUCAUAGUAAUGAGUUCUUCACUGAUUUGAAGUUGCGGGACACAAAAAUUAUCAUAGAUGGCUAUGCUCUUUUCCACCGGCUUUGCUUCAAUUCAAACUUGGAACUCCGAUGGAGGAUGUGACAUUUCAGAUAAAAAACUUACAACUUUAAAGGAUCGAGCCAGAGAGAAGAUUCAGAUGGCCCAUUCCCUGUCUGUUGGUGGGGCUGGAUAUGUGUGUCCCUUACUUAUAAGGGAAGUGUUUAUACAGGUUUUGAUCAAGUUGCAGGUAUGUUUUGUCCAGUGCUUUUCGGAAGCAGAUCGGGACAUUAUGACACUUGCUAAUCAUUGGAAUUGUCCAGUGUUGUCUUCAGAUAGUGACUUUUGCAUUUUUGACUUGAAAGCUGGGUUUUGCCCAUUGAAUGGCUUUCAGUGGAGAAAUGUGAACACUGUUAAGGGCACACAAGACUCUUAUAUCCCUGCCAGAUGUUUUUCUCUUGAUGCGUUCUGUCAUCACUUCAGCAAUAUGAACAAAGCUUUACUACCUCUCUUUGCGGUGCUCUGUGGAAAUGACCAUAUCAAUCUGCCCAUCAUGGAGACAUUCUUAAGCCAAGUACGUCUUCCUCUUGGAGGUACCAUUGCCAAGGGUAGGAGACACCACCGAGUCCUGGGACUUCUGAACUGGUUAUCUCAGUUUGCUGACCCUUCUGAAGCGCUAGAUAAUGUUCUGAAAUAUCUCCCAAAAAAGGAUCGAGACAACGUUAAGGAACUUCUCUGCUGUUCCAUGGAAGAAUACCAGCAGUCCCAGGUGCAGCUGCAGGACUUUUUCCAGUAUGGUACUUAUGUCUGUCCAGAUGCCUUGAAUCUGGGCUUGCCAGAAUGGGUACUAGUGGCUUUGGCCAGAGGCCAGCUAUCUCCUUUCAUCAGUGAUGCUUUGGUGCUACGGCGCACCAUUCUUCACACACAGGUGGAAAACAUGCAGCAACCCAAUGCCCACAGAAUAUCUCAGCCCAUCCGGCAAAUCAUCUAUGGCCUUCUUCUGAAUGCUAAUGCACAUCUGGAAAACAUGCCCUGGAGUGCAUCACUUCCUUGUCCUCUAGCUUUCAGUGAAGUAGAAAGGAUUAAUAAAAAUAUCAAAACAUCAAUUGUUGAUGCAGUCGAACUGCCCAAGGAUCAUUCUGACUUAAGCAAAUUAACUGAACUCUCCUUGGUUAGGCGACAGAUGCUUCUGUUAGAAACCCUGAAGGUGACACAGACCGUCCUGGACCCAAUCCCUUCUUCAUUGAAGUUGCCUGUGGCUGUCAGUUGCUACUGGUUGCAGCACACAGAGGCCAAGGCAAAGUUGCAUCAUCUACAAGCCUUAUUGCUGGGGAUGCUGAUGGGGCCCCUGCAUGCCAUAAUCAACAUCCCUGAUAAAGAUCUGCGGGAAGAUGGUGCUAAGAUGCUGUAUGAAGAGUUCCACAGAGUGAAGGAGCAGACACGGCCAAACACGAGAUUGAAUUUAGACACAGCUCACAUCUUUUGUCAGUGGCAGUGCUGUCUCCAGAUGGGGAUAUAUCUCAAUCAGCUGCUGUCCACUCCUUUCCCAGAGCCAGAUCUAACUCGACUGUAUAGUGGAAGCCUGGUGCACGGACUAUGCCAACAGCUGCUGACGUCAACUUCUGUAGAAAGGCUCCUGAGCAUAUGUCCUGAGGCAAAGCAGCUUUAUGAACACCUAUUCAAUGCCCUGAGAUCAUAUGUCCCUCCUGAAUCAUUCUUACCAAAGGGUAAAUCAAAUUCAAAAAAAAAAAAGCAGAAGAAACGAGGUACCAACUGGUGGAAGAACAGAGUGGGAACUACCUCAGACAACAGGUUUUGUCAUGAGGGAAGCAAUCGGUUUGGGCUGUUAAUGGUUGAAAACUUGGAGGAACAUAUUGAGGCCUCUGAGCAUGAAUAAGCUUAACCUGCAACCAAAUAUAUAAUUCUGAUUUAAAUUUUUCCUGUUACUUCCCUCCAGACAAUUAACUUUCUUCUUUGGGACUAACCUGUUAAGGGAUAAACAUUGCAAUUGGGAAUCUUUGAACUCCAUGUGUUUUGUAUUCUACUUUUAUUAAAUACAACCUGAUUUUUAAAACUUC